GGAAGGCUGCCUCCUCUCACUCGCCCAGGAACAAUGGGAGACAUGGCAGCCUCUGCAGACAGCACAGACGCACACACAACACACACGUCCGAGCAGAGGCCUUUUCUCUGUGCGGUUGUGUAGGGGAGACCUGCCUCGUUUACGAACAGGAGAGGAUCAAAACCUCCCAGAGAAAUCUGUAGUUUGAUCAGGAAAAAGGCAAAUGUGAAGCUGUGGUCUUUUUUGGGUGCCUUGCAUUUGGCUGUGGACUGGGGAUCAGUGUGUCGGAUGCUCUGACUGGAUCCCAGGAAACACAGCAAGCUCCUUGGUUGUGAAGUUGGAGGACAGUGGAGCUCGACCCAUCUUCUCUAGACUCUGAGGAGGGCUGACAUCACAGGCUUUUCAUGCCAGUCUGAGAGAUGCCAGCUCUAACCCAGGGCCUGUCGUUACAGAUGAGAACCAUGUCUGGGGAGACAGAGCCCAGGGUGUGUCAGGAGGACUUUGGAUCCGACGAGGGAGAUGUGGAGUCGUACCUGGAGGAGGAGGACAACAGCAGCGAGCUCUUGGACCGACUCAGAGAGCUGGAGGCAGAGAACUCGGCUCUGAUGUUGGCCAAUGAAAGUCAAAGAGAGGCCUACGAAAGAUGUCUGGAUGAGGUGGCCAACCAUGUGGUGCAAGCCCUUCUGAACCAAAAGGACCUCCGAGAGGAGUGUAUCAAGCUCAAGAUGCUGGUGUUUGACCUGGAGAGGCAGAACAGGGCCCUGUGUGAGCUCUUCCAGCAGAAGCUGCCCAGCCAGUCCAGUGCUCACUACCAGGUGCAGACAGGACCCCUUCCGGAGUAUAACAGCCAGCUGUACAAUGACUCUGCCAAGCAGGUGGAGGCUGCCCUGACUGAAGCACAAGCUAAGGGAAGUGCCUUCCGUCCCCAGCACGCCUCCCCCGGGCCCCGGGGCCCUGCGGCCUCCAUGGAGGCUCUCUCCCCCUUCUUUAAGAAGAAAGCACACAUCCUGGAGGUCCUGCGCAAGAUGGAGGAGACGGACCCGCUCAAGUUCCACCCCUCCUCCGCGGGCCUCUCCUUCUGCGACUACAGCCAGGUGCUGAUGUCCUCCGAGGCGGUGCUGGCUGGCGCGGAGCUGACCGUGCCCUGCAAGUCUCACCUCACACACUGCCGAUGCUCCUGCUCCGAGGCCGACAAACAGCCUCACGUCAACGGGGAGGUGGCCUCGGUGGCGUGUGAGGGCUGCCGCACAUGCUCGGCGUCCUGUAGGAAGAGCGUGGAGAGCCCCGCCAAGUGCAGCCACGUCUGUAGCCCCGCGAAGGCCGGCUUAGCCCAGAACCCUGCCGUCCACACUGCCGCUCCAGGUGAAUGUCACGUCAACAGCACAACAACGGAGUCCGGUCUCCCUGUCAAACAACCUGCCGCUAAAGAGCACCAGCAACCAGGAGGCCCCUACCUGUCGAUCACAAGCACAGAUCCAAACCCGGCCAAUCCGAGCUUGGAAGACUGCCAAGUGGUGACCGGGUCAAAGGUCUCAGAGACAGACGAAGCACAGAACCCAGAGGAGGACUAUCUGCAGGGGGGUCUUUCUGACGAGGCUCCGUCCCUGCAUCCCAUCCCUGGAGAGGACAGCACAGUACAGAUGACCUACUGUGAGAUGGAAAUCAGAGUGCUGACUCACAACACCCCGCUGGCCUCCGGCGACGCCAGCAGCUCCGCGUCGAGCGAGGCGUCCGUCCCCGAGAUGGACGGCUCAGACCUGGAGGCGUCCUGCGGGAGGUCCAACGUCCCGGUCAGCCCCAGCCCCUCGUGCCUCAGCGAGGUCAAAGCCGCUGCUAUUUCCUCUCCCUCCAAGCUGCUUAAGUUCCUGAAGAUCCCCUCCAUCGCAGAGAGGGCCCAGAGCGGCGGCCCCGCGCGGCUCAGCCCCCAGCUCACACGCACCUCCCGCAUUCCCUGCCGCACCAACAACUACGAGGUGUACCACUCGCCGGUCCCCACCCGCAGAGCCACCACCACGGAGAGGUGCAGGCAGCCCCCUCCUCCGCCCGCCAGGUCCGAGUCCUACCCAGCCACUCACUCAGCCCCCACCUCCCCUCCCCAGGCAGAGGAGCCCUGCCCCCCUCCGGGUAACUCCAGCCUCCCCAGCCCCAAAGUCAGCCGGGCCUCCAGGCUGGGUCCGGCCGCCUCUCCGCGGGCCUCUCAGCGGGUCCCUCACUAUGAAAAUGUCCCUGAACUCUCCGCCUCCGGCCAGCAGGUGGCGCUGGGGAGCUGUGAGAACAGGACCAGCCUGCCUUCUCAAACCAAGCCCGGCAUUGGAGACAGAAAGCUUGUGAAGUCCCUUCCCGAGGGAGGCAUCGUCAGUCCGCCUUAUCAGCGCCCCUCCUCCUCUUCCUCCUCCUCCUCUUCCACGGACUCCUCGUCAGAGCAGGAGGUGGAUGUGGAGAGCCCAGCCUGGCACGGCCAACACAGCCUGCCCAACAGCUCUGGCCUCCACAGACCCCAGGGAGGUCACAGUGCUAACUACACCAGGGCCCCCAACAGAGCCCUGGACACAGAAGAAAGAGACUCGGUCAUUGUGAACACCAACCUCUGCCAGGCCCCUCCUCCUCCCCCCAAGAGGAGCGACCCUUCCUCCAUCCCCAAGAGGCCCAGCGCGGUGAGGCAGCCCGUGGAAUCCAGUCACCACACCUUCAAAGACAGACUGGCCGCUCUUGGCAAACUGAGGAGCUCCGAGGAUUUACAAGUCGGUCUGCAGCCGGGCGACGCAGCAGACGCCGCGCAGAGUGACGAGAGUUCAGUCGUCUGUGGCGACGAGAGGAGUAGGACAGCGGAGAAGCCACUGGAUCAUCAUGUGGAGGAGCCCAAACACUCGAAAUACACUGACUGUCUGGAUGGGAAGCCCAAAGGUCAUUUUCCGGGUGGUGGUUUGAAGCUCCCUGGAGCCUCUCUAUCACAUGACUCAGGGGUCAAACAUCUGCCGUCUGGGCCCUCGGGUGCCAAGCCAGAGCAUGAUGUGGCCUCCUCCAGAGUAGCUGUAGCGAAGACAGACAGCCCUAAGAGUAAACUAGGCCUGCUGUCCCCCAACACAGACACUCCCCAGGUUCUACGCAACAACAUGAAAUGCCCAGGCUCCCUGAACCUCUCUUACAAUAGUAAACCUGGACCUGGGACCCACAGCAGCGUCGGCCCCAGCCCCAGCAAAGUCCCCCCGAAGUCCCCCUCCAAACCCUGCCAAGCUCCGUCCGUCAGAAUGGGUAAACCCUCGGAAGCCCCGCGCUACUCCUCCAAGUCGGAGGAGCGCUCCAAGAUCGGUGGCAACAAGAAGAAGAACCUGGCCUACGGAGACAGCCUCCCUCCUCCUCCCCCCAGACCCCCCGCCGACGCCGGGGAGAAACCUCCCCCCGUCCCCAGCCCCCAGUCGGCCAUCGAGCAGAAGGUCAUGAAGGGCAUCGAGGAGAACAUGCUGAAGCUUCAGGAGCAGGACCGAGGGGCACAGCCCCCCGAGGUCAAGCAGAAAGCCUCCAACGGCAUCGCCAGCUGGUUCGCCCUGAAGAAGAGCAAGCUGCCGGCGCUGAGCCGCAAGCCGGAAGGCCCCAAGGCCAAGGAGGAGAAGAGGGAGUGGAAGAUCAACAUCCCGUCGGUGGGGAAGGACUCCAGGGCGGCGACCAGGUGCAGGGAGGGCGUGGAGGGCCUGAACAUCUCCACGCUGAUGGAGAAGGCGGAGGGCCUGCGGAGGGCGCUGGAGGAGGAGAGGGCCUACGUGGAGAGGUCAGGCAGGGGUCACUCCUGCGAGGUGGUCAUGGACCAGGCCCAGGGCCAGCUGGCCGUCAUGUACAGGGGAGGGCGCUCCGACAAUUUCAUGCAGCAGUUGCUCAACAGAGUGGAUGGGAAGGACGUAGUCCCCAGCUUCCCGCAGAGACGGCUGUCGUUCGACUGCAAGACGUCCAGACCUGUUUUCAACCAGCAGAGCGACAUCAGCAUCAGCCACACCACCAGCAGAGAGGACAUGGAGAAGGGAUCAGAUUCGAUGAGCAACGUGGCCUCAGAUGAGAUUCUAGCGGAGCCGGUUCACUCCCAGCACUUUGCAAGCUCUGGGGCCUCCACCUACACUCUGGACAGUGGCAUUGGCACAUUCCCCCUGCCUGACUACAGCAGCGGGGCAGCAGGGAGGAGCCUCUCCAAGGCGAGGGCUGGAGCAGAUGGCCAGGCCGUGGGCUCCCCAGGCAGGUCCAACCGCAGGUCCAGGACUCUGGACAGGGACAUGUCCACUCUGGAGGAAUGCUACCCAGCACACAAACAGCUGAUUCCCACCAUCCAGUACGGCUCCGGGCUGGAGGGGAAGAGCCCAUCCCUGAUGCAGACAGCUGGUGUCAUCCAUGAAGAUAAAGAAGCAUAUGGAGCCCACAUGUUCACCCCCCGCUCCAAAACCUGGACCUUCCCCAACCUGAAGACCCCAGCUGGCCCUGCAGACGUCUACCUGGCCGUGGAGGAGGAGCCAGCCCCCUAUGGAUCUCCCUUCAAAGGGAGUGUUAAGCCCUGUGGCCCAUCUGCUUCUCGUGCUGCCAUGGACCCCAGCAGCCUGCCCGUGCCUGCCCAGACAGGCCUGAGCCGCCGGGGGAAAACUCGCACUCCCAGCGUCCCCGAGAUGAGCCGGGAGGCGGGGCUGGAGCUUUUGAGGGAACGGCCAGAGGAAGCCCUGUCCCCCAGCCGCCCCCAGGUCCUAGAGACCCCCGAGUCGCUCAGUGACUCUCUUUACGACAGCUUGUCCUCCUGCGGCAGCCAGGGAUGAUGGAGGGAAGAUGGAGGGAAGAUGGAGGAGGGACAGAAGCAAGCCUCUACUGUGCUGCUGCUGCUCAACUUAACCCUAAAAGAACACAGUAUCAGACUCCCCUGAGGACUCCCCUCACAAUGCUCUUAGUCUUACCAGUUCUUCUUUCUGUGGACAGUUUAACUGGAAAGAUAGACCUCUCCUCAGGAUAGCUUAUAAAACCCCAAACCAAAACCCAGAGGUUCUACAGACUUAUUCACUGUUGAUGCUCAGUUAUGGAAUAGAAUGGAAUGGGCAUUGACUGGACACACCCUGUCAGCCACAACAUUUUAUGACAAUUCCGGACUGCCAAAAUGCAUGGGCCCCCUAACUAUUGCACACACAUUGAGUUUAAACAAGUUAAAUAAUUUUCUGACAGUUACUGAUCAUGCCUCAUUCUCUCUCUCUUACUCUGGCCCUUGUAACGAGGGAUCUGACUUACUUUUCUUUGUUAUGAAUUCAACGCAGUUAAUUCCAACUGUUCUCAUUAUCUUUUUAAACAGUAAUGUACUGAAAUAGGAUAAAUAUGACACAUUUUCUUAAUAUGAAGCUCUCAAAAAUGAAUGUUUAUGUCUGUGAUUUCUCAUUGUUGAUUAUACAUCAUUGUACAUCACAGUUUUAUUGUAUGAAAAUAAUUUGCUUAUGAGGCUAAACAUUUCUCUUUUUACUGCCGAUAAAGGAUGUCUCAUUUGUUUGCCUGUUUAAAUCGUAAUACUUUGAAGGUAAUAUAUACCAGCAAUAAUAUCAUAGAAGAGAAAUGGCUACACAAUCUGAUGAAUAUGUAUUUCUAAUAUUUAUUUAUUUUAUGUGACGUGAAAUGUACAUCAUUUGUGAUUAUCAUUUUGUAACAUUUCUGUGAAAAUGCAGUUCCCUAGCAGAAGUAGGUUAUGUUGAUCUUCGUCAUAUUGUCUAUGUUGUUUGUCCCCUUAGCAAAAAUAUCUGUACCAAUGCCAGGUCUUCAACUUUCUCAUUAAAACUGUGGAACUUUCUUAUGCAUUUGAUUAAAUUUACUUUUGAUUUUAAAAUUAAUUCUUGAUUUUAAGUGACUAUAAGCAUCUUCUACAAGUCAAGACCCUAAGAGAAAACUGGCCUCAACAAAGUAUUCAGUUGUUCGCUUUCAACAAGUUUAUUUGAGCAAAUGUAUCAAAUUGCUAGAUUUUUAUAGUACAUCAGGAAAAUAAGUUUCACAUUAUACAGACUUUGAAGGAAAUAAAAUGUCACAUUUGGCAAAUGUCAACCUUUGUAAUUACAGGAAAUGUAUUCAACAAAUGUACUUUGAGACCCAUAGAAUGUAGCACUUCUGAUGAAACUUUCCACUGAUAUCUGCCUGGUUUUACUGGCUUUCAAGAGAGAAGACCAGUGUCUCAAAGUGCACUUGGAAAUCCGCUGUGGGGUCAUAGAAGGUGAGGGAGGUGACGAGACACACAAGUUAUGCAAUGGUACAACUAUUACAA